AUGGGUUGUAAGCGGCGGCGGAGGGCGUUCAAUUGCGUGAGGGUGAUUCACAUGAACGGCUACUUCGAGGACUACGAGCCCCCGGUCACCGUCGGCGAGGUCACCGGGAAGCCUCCGGCCCACGUCCUGCUUUCCUCCGCCCACCUCCUUGCCUUCGGCUCCAACCCGCUCAGGCCCGACGACCGGCUCGAGUCCGGCCGGCUCUACUUCCUCAUCCCGCACUCCAUCUUUCAGUCGGAGACCUCCCCGCUGGACCUCGCCAGCCUGAUGACACGGCUCAGCGGCGCGGCCAGGAGGGGCGGCGCGGGCGCUGCGCCGCCCUCGUCGCCUAGACGGAGCGAGGGGCAGUGGUGCAGGGAGAGGCAGAUGACGGCGCGAGGGACGUGGAAGCCGGAGCUCGACCCGAUCGAGGAGAGGUCCUUCGGCCGCUCCCUCCGGAGGGACUCCAUGAACAGCAGCAUGCGCUCGAUCUUGACUGCGGAAACGAGUUGA